AUGAUUUUUUUUAUUUAUGUUUUUCUCUUUCGUUUUUUCCAGGUACAAUCAUCGGGUGUUUUCGAGCUGCGGUUAAAAUCGUUCACUAACGACUACGGUAAAGACAACAAGGGAAAUUGUUGCAGCGGUGAAAAUCCUACACCCACAGGAGAAUGUUCGGGUCCUUGCCGAACGCAAUUUAGAAUUUGUUUAAAACAUUAUCAGGCACGGAUAGAUAUGAAUUCUCCGUGCACGUUCGGGGAUGUUGUCACUCCCGUUUUGGGUGAAAAUUCUCUCACGAUAAUGGAUUCGAAAAAGGGAGAAUUUACAAAUCCCAUCGCAUUUAAAUUUGAUUUUACCUGGCCGGUAAGUUUAUGUUUCAUAUUAUAA